AUGUCUGCAACUCUGACUAACGGCGGAGGGGCCACCCAUACCAACGGCAAGUUAGAUCUGAAGAUAGACUUCCAGGACAAUUUUGUACAGAUCAUCAAUGGCAGGAGCGCCCCUACAAAAUCAACUCGCCACGGCGUCAACCCAGCCAAUCUUAUGCCCUUGGCCGAGGUCCCUGUCGCGACCCAAGACGAUCUCGACAGUGCCGUCACUGCAGCCAAGGCGGCUUUCAAGACCUGGUCCAAGACCCCGUACGAUGACAGGCGCAGUGCGGUGUUGGCUUUCGCCGACGCCAUCGAGUCGCAGCGGGUGGAGUUUCGGGAUCUGCUUAUAACCGAGCAAGGAAAGCCGAUUCCGCAAGCAGAUGCCGAGACAGAUGCGGCCAUCGCCUGGAUCAGGGGCAUGGCUGACCUUUCGCUGCCGGAAGAUGUCAUCGAGGAUACCGAGAAGAGAACAGUCAUCACGCGCUACACGCCUAUCGGUGUGGUGGGAGCCAUAAUACCAUGGAAUUUCCCGCUUCUCCUCGCCACGGGGAAGAUCGCGCCAGCGCUUCUGACUGGAAACGUCAUUAUCGUCAAGCCUUCACCAUUCACUCCAUACUGUGGAUUGAAGCUAGCUGAGCUGGCGCAGAAGCUCUUCCCUCCAGGUGUUGUCCAGUCGCUAAGCGGUGACGAUAGCCUCGGUCCCUGGCUCACAAGCCAUCCCGGUAUCGACAAGAUCAGCUUCACAGGAUCCACGGCUACCGGGAAAGCUGUUUUGCAGAGUGCCAGCAAGACACUGAAGCGCGUUACUCUUGAGCUGGGCGGUAAUGAUCCUGCGAUCAUUUUCCCGGAUGUGGAUGUGGAAAAAGUAGCACAACAAAUUGCAGUCUGGGCAUUUUUAAACUCGGGUCAGAUUUGCUUAAAUUUGAAGAGGAUUUAUGUUCAUGAAUCCAUCUAUGAAGAUUUCAAAAAGGCCAUGGUCAAGCACGCGGGAAGCUUCGCUUUUGGCGAUGGCACGAAGACAGGGAUCACUCACGGGCCACUCCAGAACCGUAUGCAGUAUGACCGAGUGAAGACUUUUUUCAACGACAUUGCCAAACAGGGUUGGGAGGUGGCUCUCGGAGGUGAGAUGGAUGACGAACCGGAAAAGGGAUACUUUAUUAAACCAACCAUUAUCGAUCGGCCGCCGGAGAAGUCGCGCAUCGUGGUUGAAGAACCUUUCGGACCCAUCGUGCCGCUUCUCACUUGGCAAAACGAGGAGGACGUGAUUGAUCGCGCCAACGACACCACCAUGGGGCUUGGAGCCUCCGUGUGGUCGAACGACCUCCGAAAGGCUACUCGUGUCGCUAGGGAGAUACAGGCGGGCAAUGUCUGGGUCAACACGCACUUCGAUCUCUCGCCGAUAGCCCCUUUCGGUGGUCACAAGGAAAGUGGGAUCGGGAGCGAAUGGGGACUGAAUGGUCUGAAAGCAUUUUGCAACGUGCAAACCCUGUUCCUGAACAAGUCGCUGCCGGAAUGA